GUCAAUUUUGGGACACUUCAAACGAUAUGCGUUCACUCGGUAUACAAUGGCGUGAGUGCUCCCGUACGGACGGAGGAUCAUCAUUUGCCUUUGGUGUGCAACAUGUUGCCUUGCUUAUGCGACACCCCGACAUAACAUUAAUUGCCAGGGGGGACGAAGGCACUGGCGUCUAUGUCUGGCCCCAUUGAGGUUUGUGAUUGAUGGCAUUGAGUUGGAUGGUCUCGGGUUGACGAAUUAGUUAGGCUCGAGCAGCGGUAGAGUCUUCCUCUCAUGCAUCUCUCGAAGUGUUGAUUCGGCCAGUUUUUGGGCUCCCAAGUCCGUCGGGAUGAAUUUAAGUGCGCAAAGCAUGCUAAAUGACCGAUCUCACAGGUACGAUUGAAAAAGAGCUGUCGAAUAGGAUCAGAAAACUCUUGGAACAAGUUCUCCUUCUGAAGUUGCACCCUCGGUCGUUGGUGCAGGUGACAAUCCAAUUGCAAGAGUCGACUCGGUCAACUUCCAAGCCGAGGGGGGAGCUAAAGGGCUUUUUGCAUGGAUCCGUAGUAGCAGCAAUGAUUAAUGCCGCGUCAUGCUGUUUACUGGACGCGUCCAGCAUAGCCACGGGUGCGAUGGUGUGUGCCGUGGGUAUUGGCCGAAAGCGAACUACUGGGGCAUUAGAGGUUGAUCCUGAUCCGGUGGAUGAAAGGUGUGAGUCUAUAGGUUGCUUCGCAUUCGUCUACCGACAAGGAAACGAGGGUGAUAUCGCCUGGGUGGAGAAAGGUGUUGCUCCACUCCGCUAGUACGCAGCUGGAUUGGAGCUCGCCCGAACGGGAUGCGCGGCAGUGCAUUAGUGUCAAGCGAACGUGCCCCGUUGAUAUCGUACUAAGUCUGUCGCCAUCAUCCUCCAUUUGGGUAACGGUGGUUAGAUGUGACAUUGCUGCACAUAUGCUCAACUUUGGGACGGGCUGUGGCUCAGUCCAUUAAUGCGAUACGCGGUGUGGAUUCUGAGUGACAGCUGAUGGUUAUUUCGAUUCGGAUCUUUUAGUUAAUACCGGCGCAUCAGGGAAUGACAUGGUUCCUUAACAUUAGAUAACAACCGGUGAAAUUCGUAGUA